ACGGGCGCGGCUACUCCCCGUGCACAGGGAUGAAGCUGUCCCGGGGGCCCCGGCGACCCGCAGCGCCCAGCCCCGCGGGCCCCUGAGGCCGCCGCCCCGAGCGCUCCGCUCCUGGGCUCCCAGAGUUGCCUGGGGCGCCCUUCCCAACCGCCAAACCUCCAGUGGUCCUCCUUAGACCCGGACCCAUGGAGCCGGCGGUCCUGGCCUCGCACAACCUCCCGCACCACGAGCCAAUCAGCUUUGGCAUCGAUCAGAUCCUGAGCUGCCCGGAACCCCCCGGGAGCGGCCUAGGCCCGGGUCGCGCAGGCCAGGGCCAUGGGGAGAGUGCGGCGUUCUCGGGUGGAUUUCACGGAACCUCAAGCUACGGUCCCGCGGGUUCGCUGGCCCCGCUACCUGGCAGCUCCGGCAUGGGCCCCGGCGGCGUGAUCCGCGUCCCGGCGCAUCGCCCGAUGCCGGUGCCGCCGCCCGCGGGAGGCGCGCCUGCGGUGCCUGGACCCUCGGGCUUGGGCGGAGCCGGGGGCCUAGCGGGACUCACCUUCCCUUGGAUGGACAGCGGCCGCCGCUUUGCCAAGGACCGACUCACGGCCGCACUCUCGCCCUUCUCCGGGACACGCCGCAUCGGCCACCCCUACCAAAACCGGACCCCCCCGAAGCGGAAGAAGCCGCGCACGUCCUUCUCCCGCUCGCAGGUGCUGGAGCUGGAGCGGCGCUUCCUGCGCCAGAAGUACUUGGCCUCCGCCGAGAGGGCAGCGCUGGCCAAGGCCCUGCGCAUGACCGACGCUCAAGUCAAGACUUGGUUCCAGAACCGGCGCACCAAGUGGCGGCGCCAGACGGCAGAGGAGCGCGAGGCGGAGCGGCACCGCGCGGGCCGGCUGCUCCUGCACCUGCAGCAGGAUGCCCUGCCGCGGCCUCUGCGGCCGCCGCUGCCCCCAGACCCGCUCUGCCUGCACAACUCGUCGCUCUUCGCGCUGCAGAACCUGCAGCCCUGGGCCGAGGACAACAAGGUGGCUUCCGUGUCCGGGCUCGCCUCGGUGGUGUGAGCGACUGCUGCCCGACCGGCCGAGAGCUCUCUAACCGACCGAGGCGCCGCGCGGAGCGCCGGGCCCGGGACCACGGAGCGCGCGGCCGACCACGCCGCGGUCCCGUGGUAGCGCAGCUUGUGAGGAGGAGCUGGCUUUGAGGCUGUCGUCGAGGGUUUCUCGGCCACCGCGGGCCCCUGGGCUGGCGUUGCGAGGUUGCGCCGCGCCUUUAGACGUGGCCUUUCCCGCCAUUUCCCACUAAACUGCGGUCGCACGGCGGCUGGAACCUGCGGAGUCGAGGAGGCGGGACUAGCAGUAUGGUAGCCAAUGAGGUGAGGGGAGGGGGCGCACUGGCCAAUGGGAGCUGCGCUCCUGAGGACUCUGGAUUCUUCGGGGGUGGGUUGGAGCCGGGGUUCUGGACCCACAGAGCCGGCUAAAGGUGGUGCUGGGAUGGGAUGGCGGCAGCUCCCACUGCCGGGGUCUGUACCAAACGUGGGACGGAAGGAAGACACCAGUGAGGGCGGAAUAAUGGAAGAGGUGCUGGAGGGCAAGAGUCUGACUGUGACAGGAACCAGAGAGUUAUCCACACUGGGCAUCUUUCUUCAAUUGUAAAAUAAUCGCUAAGGAUACCUUUCUGACUUUCAA